UAUGUACAUGUGACUAAAGUUCAAUUGCAAAGUUGGCUAUUGAGUUAAUAACAAUGGCUUCACCAGCGCAAGUUGAUAUUCUUAUCAAAAAUGGAACAGUUAUUGACCCAUCCAAUGGAAUAAACAAGAAAACAAGCGUAGCUAUCAAAGAUGGGAAAAUACUUCAAGUUGGAGAUGAGCUUAAUGUUACAGCAAAAGAAGUGAUAGAUGCAAGUGGCUGUAUAGUGACUCCUGGGUUGGUGGACCUGCAUAUACAUGGCUAUGAGUAUGCAACACCCCUGGGCACAAACCCUGACAAACAGUGCUUGGCCAGGGGGGUUACAACUGUUGUAGAUGCUGGUAGCGCAGGGGCUGCAACUCUGAUGGGGUUGAGGAAGUACAUUGCAGAGCCCAGUAAGACCAGUGUGUUUGCCUUCCUCCAUAUUGCUAGCCAUGGCAUGGCAGCAGCUGGAUGUGCCAAAGGGUUUGGCAUUGGGGGAGAGAGUGACUGCCUGAACCAAGUGGAUACAGAGAUGUGCAUCAAGGCCAUAGAAGAUAAUAGAGAUCUGGUCGUAGGGGUCAAGGUGCGCCUCACUGCCAAUGUAGCAAACGAUGGCGCAAAUGAAGAAGAAAUAUAUAGACGAGCCAAAGAAGCGGCCCAGCGUACUGGAACACCAUUGAUGAUACACCAUACAUUCUCAACGAUACCCAUUCAGAAACAAGAUGGAAAGAUGUGUUGCCCAGGUGACAUGUCACCCGGUGACAUCUAUACACAUUCAUUCCACGCAUCCCCCAGUAGCAUAAUAGAUGCUGCUACCAAACAGGUUUACCCAGAGGUAGUACAAGCUCAGAAUGAUGGGGUCCUAUUUGAUCUAGGACAUGGCCAGGGAUCCUUUAGUUGGACAGUGGCAGAAAUAUGUGCUAAAUCUGGCUUCUGGCCCAAUAUAGUAAGCACUGAUCUCCAUUCUGGUAACAUUAAUGGACCCUCAUAUGACCUUCCUUCAGUCAUGACUAAAAUGCUUCACAUUGGAAUGCCCCUUGAGGAGGUAAUCAAAGCAACAACCCAGACACCUGCUGCAAUUCUAAACAACCCCAGGCUCAACCGUCAAUUUGGAAGUCUCUCUCCAGGCAGAGAUGCUGAUGUAACACUGCUAAAACUAGAGGCAGUAGACUAUGAACUGGAGGAUUGUGAGGGAGAGAUGAGGAGCAUCAAACAACAACUGGUACCAGUUAAAAUGUGGAAAUGUGGAGAUGAACAUACCAUUCAAGUACAUGAUAAAUUUCAAACAAGCUAAUAAAACUUGAAAAAGUUGAAAAUCCACUGAUAUUUGAACUGGCGAAUGAUAUUACGACUUACACACUACCAAGAUACACCAUUGCAUUUGAAAAGUUCACUAACAAUAAAUAUUUGAAAAUUCUGAUUCCUCAACGAACUCAUUCUUCAAAUAAUAAAUAUCUUUAAUAACACGUAAUUUCCAGCAUGAUCGUAGCAUAGGAAAUAAUAAAACCUUUAGUGAUAAAAUGUAACAAGCGAUUAUAUUAUGGCAACAUCAUAAUCAUAUAUGUAUACGUAUAUUAAUACUAAAAUUGCACUUCUACAACUAAUUCAACACACAAAACAAUAAUUUAAGUUAAUCUAAGUCAAUGUCACCAACGCUAUAGUUUAUAUAGAAAAUGAUCUGUAUAAAUCUAAACAUACAUA